AAGUUAGCGUAGCGCCUGGAGUAUCGGGGAUGUCUGAGGACACGCUUCACAGCUAUUAUUACUGUACUCUUGACUAGCACAGUACACGAACUAGCUAUCGUAAUUCAACAUGACCGGUUUUUGUUUACAUUGAAGAGUUCUUGCCUGAUCGUUUACACAGGAGCCACUCAUGCAUGUACACACCCAACAAGGAAGUAUACACAUUGUAUUCAAUUUUGGUUGUAUUGCAUUAAGUUAAGCGUACUGAGUCAUGACGUCCGACAUGGACACGUUAGUGGGGUACUAAAGUGUUAUGUACCUGUGGUGUCUGUCUACAUUCGUAUGUGUCUCGUGAACGACGAGGUGAGGAUAGAGCACACACACCGAGUACCAAGAUGGAAUGGUACGGAGGUUUCAUGGUACUGGUGGUGGUAACGGUAUUGCAGUUUAUCUUUACGAUCGAGUCAGCUACGUCAGUACUUGAUACUGCAUGCAGCUUCGAAAAUGAUCUAUGUGAAUGGAUUGCUGUGAAUUUGACUCGAUCGCGGUAUCCAAACGCUUUAGCUACCACUAACAAAAGUGGACCAAGGCAAGCCGAGAACGGCCAUUUCUACAUAUAUCUGGACACAAAUAACAUUAUGGCCGGGGAAACACACACGGGAAGACUCAGCAGGGAUAGUUUGAUGGUGCCCGCCGGCUCCGGUGACAUCUGUCUGCGCUUCUGGUACCACAUGUUUGGGGAGACGAUGGGAAGACUGGAUGUUUUAUUGAACGAUGAGGUUGUGUGGUCUAAGUCUGGAAAUCAAAGCAAUAUAUGGCAUUGUGCUACAGUUGAUAUAAACUCAUCGCAAUCUGAGAUAUCAUUUGUAGCUUCCAUGGGAAGGGAUGUAUACAGCAUAAUAGCCCUUGACAAUAUUGACGCUUUGAAUACCAAAUGCACCCAAGAAAAGUGUGAGAGCCUCCACGAGUUAACGACAGUUAAAACUGAAACCUCGCAGCCAUCAACAACACAGCGAACUACGGAAACACCACCUGGUGUCACGACUUCAUCAACAUCUACACCAAUAAACCUCGAAGAGUUUAUACCGUAUAUAGUCGGAGUUCCUGCUGCUAUACUUGUAGUAGGGGCGGUUAUUCUCUGUGUUUGUCUGAGGAAACAAAAACUGACAAAAGUUCCGGAGCCAACGAUGAUUGUUCCCGUAUUUAAUCCAUACGAUCCAUUUCCAAGUGAUGACUACGCCACUAUUUCUGAAUCAAGGGAGGAAGUAUAUGAUGACCUGGACGAGAUGAAGAUGAUCGAAAGAGGUUCUGAAAAUAAACCAUAUGAUGAUGCUUACAUUCAUCCGUCAUCUGGUCACACUAAUCAAGUGGCUGACGAUUACGAAGAGCCGGGUAAACCAAAAGAGCAAUCAGUAGGUAACCACGGUAGACCAGAAAAAGACGAUUACUUAACUCCCACGAGUAAACAGUCGGAUGUUGCUUCUACCGUUUAUGUAACAGGUGACGACGAUUAUAUUACUCCCACCAAUGAGCAUGAUGGGCCUAGGAGAAUGUCCGUAAAGACAGAAUCAGUUGAUUUGAAAGACAUGCAUCGGGCAAGCAUCACGUCAGCUGAGGCGGAUUAUUUGGUAUUGUAAUCAACGAAAGGAAUUUAUAAGGGUUAAGCUAAUUUGGUGUUUUCUCAAAAGGAGUAGAGGUUCAGGAGGUCAAAAUUCUACAUGGAAUUUGUUGAAAUAUCAUGUGUUUAGCAAGAAUGUGUUAAUAACAUAACCCAUAUUACAGUUUAGUCAACACUGCAAUCAUUAAUAUAUCCCAAACUUGCAGCCAUCAUUUAUCCUGUUUCGAACUAUUCAGCAUCCACUUAUCUGAAUUACGAAAACCAAGCCACAUUCAAUCUGAUUUCUCAACUGUCUAUUCACCACUGAUCCUAUUAACCCACUAUUCAGUCUGGUGUGUACACUUGCUUUUUGCCCUAACCCUAACCUUGUAUUUUCCAUAACUGCCCUGCCACCAACCACAAAUCUGACUCCACACCAUACAGUCACCAGUAAUCUGAUUUCCACACUAUCCAGCCACCAGUAAUCUGAUUUCCCGCUAAUCAGCUAUCAGUAAUCCCGUUUCCAUACCAUCCAGCCACUAGUAAUCCCGUUUCCACACCAUCCUGCCACCAGUAAUCCCGUUUCCACACCAUUCUGCCACUAGUAAUCCCGUUUCCACAUGUAGUUGCAUUCCUGCUCUCGACGCAAAAGUGAUCGACAGGUGAUUAUCAAAUUGUAAGAUAUACUAUCGAGGCAUCAUUUUCGCUUAUUUAUAUAGUGAACCGAUUGAUAUCUUGUAUUUACCAAUUAUUUACAUGAUGCACGUGUAAUAAUUACAAUAAGUUUAUAUAAUAAUACUAAUUAUUUUGUGAAUGACCCUAGCGACUAAACAACGACUGG